UGUAUAUAAUCAACCAAGCACCAUGUACGGGCCUAACUUUACCGACAAUAAAUGGCUUGAAGUUUUUAGUUCAAAUAUUGAAGAUAUAUUAAAGAAAUACGAGGUAAAGAAACUAGAACUAGUUGAUCUUAUAUUCAUUCCAGUACUUCAAGGUGAUCAUUUCUACUGUCUGUGCUUCCACAUGAGAACCGAAAAAGUUGAAUUAAUUGAUAACUCUGGUGUCGAAGCCGAGUUUGAUGCUAAAUACGAAGAGCUUCCCAAAACUCUGUGGAGGAUACUGAUUUUGUUCCUAAAGAAGACCUUAAAAACAAAAAAAAAAUGUUUCAAACAAAUGGAAACAUCCAUUAUAGAAAGAAAAACAAUGGAGUGGAGAACUGUUAACAACGGUGUAGACUGUGGAGUUUUUACCAUGCUACAUAUGGAAACAUACAGGAGGAAAACGCCAUGACAUGUGGGUUUGCGAAGGAAGGUGAAAAAAACAACAGACAAGAUGCACAAAUUCGACUCCUAAGAAACCGAUAUCUUAUUCAAAUUAUUAUAUUCGAGUACAAUCUACAACGUCAAGAAAUUAUCGAGGCUACAAAGACAUUUGACAAAUGGCCGAACAGGGACGCAUAUCUGCAUGUUUUGGAUAAAAAAAUCGAAGCCAGAUUGGAUCGAUAUUUUGGGAGGUUAAAAUAAACUUUGCAAAAAUAUUUUUGUUAUUUUGCUUAGUUCAAUACGUAAUUUAGUUUCGUGCUUUUUUUAUUAGAUAUU